UACUGCGUCCGUUGAGCUAUGAUAUUCGAACACAAUUACGAGCUGCUUCAGUUUCUAAGACGACUUGUGACGAUCAAAACGUGCAAAAACUAUUCAAUAUGGAUUUUGGUGAUGAAACGUGCAUUGAUUGCUGCCAAAAUUUCAUAACUGAUGAAGAAAAUUGUUUUGUAAUGGUGUGCACGAAGCCACAUUUGUUGGUGUUUGCUAAAUUUUGCAAAUAUCCACUCUGGCCAGCAAAAGUGAUGAAAGUCGAAGAAAACUUGGUGCGUGUAGAAUUUUUCGGUGACCAUAAAGAAGCAGAUAUCCCGAGUGAAGAUUGUUUUUUAUUAACGGCUAAACUACUUAGCAAAACUACAAAUAAUGAAUCAUUCAAGGAAGCGCUUGAGGAGCUUAAAAUUCAUAUUCAGAAGAUCAAGGAGAGAUUUGGUUCGUUUAUUCCUUUCGAAUCCAAAAUGACAAUCAGUGCUGACAAUUGGGAAAAUCAAUUGGAACAGAUGAUUCCGGGUGCGUUCAACAAAAAACCAUCAACAGCGCCGGCAGCAGAAGGUCCCAUCAAACGAACAGUCAGUGUCAGUGAAUUAUUUUAUGAAGACAUUCAAGAAAUAAAGACAAAUAUUAAUGAAAUUAAGUCCAAAUUGAAACAUUUGAAAAAGCAGAAGACCAUAUCAUUGCCGUGUAUAUGUGUUUUUGCAUUCGUGCUUUUGUCAAUCAUCUUUUUCAACAAUAUCGCUCAUGAAUAAAAAACAAACUCAAAAGCUCGAUUGGUGUUUUAAAAACUCACGAAGAA